AUGGUGAGAGUGAACACGGAUGCGAUGGAUAAAGAUCCGACCAGGUUCAAGAUCGUCUUCACCUUGGUGGUCUCUGCAAUAGAGUGCAUCAUUGGCAUCGCGGGGAACGGUUUCAUCACCGUCAUCCGCGGAGCCAAGUGGGUCAGAGGCAAAAGACUCCCCAUUGGUGACUGCAUUCUGCUCAUGCUGAGCUUUUCCAGGCUCUUGCUACAGAUCUGGAUGAUGCUGGAAAACACGUACAGUCUGCUGUUCUGGGUCAUCUACAAUGAGAAAAGAGUAAACAUACUUUUCAAAACCAUCGUCAUGUUUCUGAACUACUCCAACCUCUGGCUUGCUGCCUGGCUCAAUAUCUUCUAUUGUCUCAGAAUCGCAAGCUUUACUCACCCGUGGUUCUCCGUGAUGAAGAGGAAGGUCAUGGGGCUGAUGCCUGGGCUUGUGAGGCUGUCCUUGUUCUUCUCCUUUUGCUCCAGCUUCCCCUUCUCUAGAGGUAUCUUCAACGUGUACGUGAACAAUUCCGUCCCCGUCCCCUCUUCCAACUCCACUAAGAAGGUGUACUUCUCCGAGACCAACAUGGGCAACUUGGUUACCACCCUUUACCUGGGGAUCUUCAUCCCUCUGAUCAUGUUUAUGCUGGCAGCCACCCUGCUGAUAUCUCUCAAAAGACACACCUUCCACAUGAAAAGCAAUGCCACUGGCUCCAGGGACCCCAGCAUGGAAGCUCACCUGGGGGCCAUCAAAGCCAUCAGCUAUUUUCUCAUCUUCUACAUUCUCAAUGCAGUUGCUCUGUUUCUUUCCAUAUCCAACAUCUUUGCCGCCAACAGCUCCUGGAAUAUUUUGUGCAAAAUCAUCAUGGCUGCCUACCCUGCUGGCCACUCAGUGCUACUGAUCUUAGGCAACCCUGGGCUGAAAAGGGCAUGGAAGCGGUUUCCGCACCAAGUUCAUCUCUACCUGUAA